AUGGCGACAACACAAGCAAUCUUUGUAUUUCUCCUUGUUAUCGGCAUAUGGACAUUUGUGGAGGCUUCAACUGAGGUGAACUGCCCUAGUCAGAUCAAGCAACAACCAAUGCAAUACUGCCACAUGUUCUUGUCAAGGUAUGGAGCUGCCACUGCAGUCACAAGACCACAAGACUCGCUUUUGCAACGUUGUUGUCAACAACUUGGGAAGCUAGCUCAAAGAUGUCGAUGCAUGGAAAUACGUGAGUUUGUACGGGUACAACAACAAGGAGGAGGAUGGGAUGCUCCACGAAUGAAACGGUUGUUGAAAGAAGCACCUAAUCUGCCGAAGACAUGCAGUUUAGGCCCAGGGUCGUGCCCUGUCUAG